AUGACGUCGGCACGCCCCGUCAUUGAAUAUUAUUUCUCUUUCAUUUCAUUAUGGUCCUAUGUGGGCAGCCGGCGACUUCACGAGCUGGCCCGUCAGCAUAAUGCCAAGAUCAUUUACAAGCCGAUAGACAUUCUACACAUCUUCUCCAUCUCGGGCGGCCUCCCCGUCAAGAAGCGUUCUGUCCAGCGGCAGGCCUAUCGCCUGUUGGAGAUGGAGCGCUGGCGCAGGAUACGCGACAUACCCAUUGUCUCGCACCCCAAAUUCUACCCAGCUGACCCCUCGAUCGCGCACAGGGUGCUGCUGGCGGCCAUUGAGGAGUCGGGCCACGAUAACCCCGCCGUGCAGACAUUUGCUCAUCGCGGCCUACAGACUGUCUGGGCGGAUGAAGGAAAUAUUGCGGACCCGGAGACCAUUGUCUCGGUUGCGGACUCUUCGGGGCUUGAUGGUCGUCGCCUGCUGGAAUCGGCCAAGUCGCAAUCCAGGUUUGCGGAAGAGGAACAAGCGUUAACCCGGGAAGCGGUACAGAAGAGAUCCUUUGGCGCUCCCUUCUACUCGUACAGGAAUGAGCCAUUUUGGGGCCAAGAUAGGCUGGAGAUGUUGGACGAUGUCAUCAGAAGCGGUCGAGACGCGAUCACUCUACCUGAGAAUUUGGAUCGAUGA